GUCUGUGGUCGCUCCUCCAAACAUUUCUCCUUGAGGAGGAGCUUUCUAUGUUUUGAAAGCGGACUCAGACUACUGAAUGUAACACAGUGACAGACAAUACAUUCAAUAAAUUUCAUGGAAAAGAAUAUUUUUAAUUUUCUGCAGGAUUAAUAUGAAAUGCAGUUCUACUCCAGUGCUAUUGGAUAUAUUCAACUGAUGAAAUGGCACGUUCUCUGAUUCAUGUUGUGGGUAUUUUAGUGAUUUUGAUGCCUAGUCUUCAUACUGGAAAAGCUGAGCCUUAUUUUGAGGAAGAGAAGAGGUCUUGUCAAGGUGCUUUCGACUUGUAUUUUGUCCUCGACAAAUCAGGAAGUGUCCAAAACCACUGGAUUGAAAUUUACUCCUUUGUGGAGCAUCUUGCGGAGAAAUUUAUAAGCCCAAUGUUACGAAUGUCCUUCAUUGUCUUUUCAACUCGUGGAACCACGAUUAUGAGACUCACAGACAAUAGAGAUGAUAUUACCAGAGGUUUAAAUAUGUUGAGAAGACAAAUACCAGGAGGUGAUACGUAUAUGAAUCUUGGAUUGGAAGAGGCAAAUCUGCAGAUAUAUCGUGGAAAUUAUGGCACAGCCAGUGUGAUCAUAGCACUGACGGACGGGGAGUUAAAUGACUAUCAGUUUGUCACAGCACAGCAAGAGGCACAGAGAGCUCGGUCUUUGGGAGCCAUUGUAUACUGUGUGGGAGUAAAAGACUUUAAUCAGACACAGCUGGCCACGAUUGCAGACACCAUAGAGCAUGUGUUCCCAGUUAUUGGAGGAUUCCAGGCCCUUGAAGGAAUGAUAGACUCUAUCAUCAAGAAAUCCUGCAUUGAAAUUUUAGCAGCUGAGCCGUCCAGUGUAUGCGCUGGUGAUUCUUUCCAAGUGGUUGUGAGGGGAAAUGGAUUUCUGCAUGCCAGAAACAUCAAUCAGGUUCUGUGCAGCUUCAGAGUCAAUGACACAGUUACACUGAAUGAAAGACCUGUCAGUGUUGAAGAUACGCUUCUUCUUUGUCCCGCGCCAAUCAUAAAUGAGGCUGGAAAGGUGAUAUAUCUGCAGGUUAGCAUGAAUGAGGGAUUGUCCUACAUCACAAGCUCAGUGCACAUCACUACUGCUGAAUGUUUUGAUGGGACUAUCCUGCUCAUCUCAUUACUGGCUGUUUUCCUGUUGUUGGGUCUGGUUCUGAUGUGGUGGUUCUGGCCUCUGUGCUGUACAGUGGUCAUCAAGGAAGUGCCUCCACCCCCUCCCCCUGAGCCUGAGUCCGAUGAUGAAGAUGGCAUGGGCAAAAAGAAAUGGCCUACAGUUGAUGCAUCCUACUAUGGCGGAAGAGGAGUUGGGGGAAUCAAAAGAAUGGAGGUGCGCUGGGGGGGUAAGGGCUCCACGGAGGAAGGAGCUAAACUGGAGAAGCCAAAGAACGCUGUGGUGAAAAUGCCUGAAGAAGAAUACGAGCCCUAUGAACCCAAACUCAGAAAGCCUGAUGGGCGCAGACCGGCCCAUCACAGAAAAUGGUACAGUCCAAUUCAGGGGAAACUGGAUGCUUUGCUUGCCCUUUUCCGUCGAGGAUAUGACCAGGUGUCACUCAUGAGACCCCAGCCUGGAGAUCAGGGUCGAUGCAUCAACUUUACCAGGGUGAAAGCAGAGGAGCCAAGGUCACCGCCACGCAGCCACCUUCCACCUCAGCCGCCCCCUUCAGACCAUCGGCCACUUAUGCAGCCCCCGCCCAAAAGACCACCAUCCCGGGGACCCUCCAUCAACCGCUCACCCCCAAGACCUCCACCAGCCCGGGCACCCCCAGGCCCCCACGGACCCCCUCCUUCACGACCUCCACCCCGCCCUGGGAACAGACAUUGAGAACAAUGGAGGGCCUUCACAGCUACCCUAAAAUUACUCAUUCAGAUUUGUGAUAUUUACUGAACCCACUGGUUUGCCACAGUUUCAGAUACAUGAGUUUGAUGUUGAUUUGGAGUGAAUGAAAUGUGGAGUAUGUGUCUGAGGAA